ACUUGCAACUAAGAUUUAAUUAGUCAUAAAUCUUGAACUUGAGCACUUAGUGAAGAACCAUAGAAAGUCUGCUUGAGAGUGUCAUCUGUGGCACAUGAGUCUUACCCUCAUUACCGUAUGUGGAACCAACCAACUUGAGAAUAAGGUUUAUUCCAGACCCUCCUUCGAUACAUGCUAGCUCACCUUUCUGAUUGGAUUGCUUUGACUGUUGCGGAGUUGGGGGUAGAUUUAGUUGCUAACGAUAUCAAGGUCGUUCUGGUUUGUUACUAUGCUUAUUACGAUGCUAACUACAACCUCUUGCUUUCAUCUCGGUUCCCCAUGCAAGUUUUUGUGUAUACAUUACAUAGAAGUUGUUGGAGGGAGUUAGCAGGAAGCUACCUGUACUAGACGGGGAUGAUGGCAUUAAGAUGCUACAUGUUUACUUGUCAAUAUACCAAGAUGGUUUCUUCUAUUGGCUCUUUAAGAAAUAUGCAGGCAAGGCUUCUGAAGUGACAUUUGAUAUAGGGAACAAUGUUUUUCAUAUGAUAUACUGCUCUUUUGAUUAUAUAAUUCUAAGUUGUAAACUCGAAUUAUAUCACAAUUAGUUGCUUUGUUCAAAAAACAGUUGUGUUAUGCAAGUUGUGAAGUAUGGUUGCUGAGCAGCACUAAUGAGCAAUGGAGUUGGAUCAAACAUACGAGCCUCGGCCCUUUUCCUCAGAGGUUACUUGUGAAGGGAUGUUGGCAGGAAGGUCGGCUUAUUGUUGAUACGAUGUAUAUGUAUAGACUGGUGCUAUAUGAAACUGAUAGUAGAAAGAUAAAGUUUUGGUACCCAUAUUACGAGUACAAUCAGGUGGCAUGUUUAUAAACAAUUAUCUUGAACUUGAGCACUUAUUGAACAACCACAAAAUAUAUGUACAGUAAUAUAGCCCCUUAUGACUUGAGAAAGGGGGACAAUGUCUAAUAUACAUGAGAAAAAACGCGAGAGAAUAUAAAAAACCCUUUUAACAUAAGUCAUAGAGAAAGUGGGAACUUGCCUAAUCGACACCUAGAAAAACGUGGAUUGGGGGGGGGGGGGGGAUCAUACGCGAGAGAAGGGGAAAAAACCCUUUAAGGUAAGUUUAGAGAAAUGGAAACUUGUUUAAUCGACAACUAUAAAUAAACGUGGGAUAAGGGAAAAAACAUACAUGAGAGAAGAUAAAAUCAUUUUAAGGUAAUUCCUAGCAAAAGGGGAAAUUUAUCUAAUUGACAACUAGAAAACGUGGAUUAAGGUGGGAAAAACUAUGCGUGAGAGAAUAAAAAAAAAUCUUUUUCGAGGUAAGUUGUGACAAAAGGGAAAACUUGUAUAAUCUAUAGCUAUAAAAGUUUAAAGAAUUUUUUUUAAGAUAUGUAUCAGUUUUCCCUCAGCGACCCCAACAUCGGUGUCAACCUCCGCAACACUUCGAUCUUUUUUUCAUUAUGUUAAUGAUUGGUUAUGGAUUAGGAACGUGUAUUAUUCCUCUUGAUACACUCCCUAUCUCUUCUCUCGGUCACUACUCAACAUUACUCCGCUAGUGAACCACCCUACAUCUAAGGCAAGCUUUGAUAGCUGUUCGAUGAGGCUUCUCACUGCUCCCGUCCCAACCUUUCAUCCAAGGAAGAUCAAUGCGGUGAAUAAGCUGUACGUCGUAACUUGGUUUUACAACUGCUGCUUUUUCAGCUCAAGCCUUGCGAUCCAAGAGAAAAAAUAGGGAGUGUACUAACAAUGAUCUUAAUAGGGAAAAACUGUGCGUAAUGACCUUCCUCAGUGGGUUUCGAGGUGGGGUGACUCAAGCAGUAUCAUGACUUAGCGAAUCAACUCCCAUUUUGGGGGUACGGGUAUCUCCGACAUGGAACCUACACUCUGAGGAUAGGAGCGUUGGGGCCGCAGUACGACAUAUGAUCCAUACUGCAUACAAGUUGUUGCUUGAUCUUUAUAGUGGCAUUGAGUUCUAUGUUUUUCGAACUUUUGAACUUUCAUGGUUGAAACUUUUCUCUUGGUUUCCUAUGAUUUAAGUUUUCACUUAAAUGUAUGGUUGUGUAGAUAUUGAUAUUUGUUGUUUCAUACAACUGAAGCAUGUGAUUAAGACACAUUGCAUUCAUUUACAGAUGUUAAUGCCAGAAUUUCCUGAUAUGCUACAUGUAUGCCCAUGGUGGCUCGAAUUCUUAAGAAGGUAUCCCUUCAACCAAAUCUGUACGUUGUACUUCGGUUACUAAGUCUAGACCAAAUAUGUAUGUUGUAUUUCGGUUACUCGGUCUGUCAACCAAAUCUAUACGUUGUACUUCGGUUACUUGGUCUGGACCAAAUAUGUACGAUGUAUUUUGGUUACUCGGUCUAUAGGAAGGAUACCAACCAGAUGGAUCAAUCUUCCAAGAAUUCGAGCCACCAUGGUCGUACGGUAGCAUAUCAUGGUUGUACCUGUAGCAAUCUGACAUUACUAUCUGUAAAUGAAUGCAACGUGUCUUAAUCACAUGCUUCAGUUGCAUCAACAACAAAUAUCAAUAUCUCACACAACCAUACAUUUAAGUGAAAACUUAAAUCAUAGGAAACCAAGAGAAAAGUUUCAACCAUGAAAGUAUAAAAGUUCGAAAAACAUAGAACUCAAUGCCACUAUAAAGAUUAGGCAACAACUUACCUGUUCUAGGAUUUCAAUACCGAGUCAUGUGCGGAGGCCUUCGAACACCCAAUUUCAGACCGAGAGCCCUGCGCCUCUCAUCCAAAAGCAUUCCCUUCAACCAGAUAAGCAAUUUCGACCAACAAUAGAUUUUUAACGUUUUCAAGGGAACUAUCACUCAACUGAGAGAUUCACCUCCCACGUGCUACUGAGUUGUUGCACCCAUCGUGGCAAGUGGCAACCAAUACUUCACAGAGCUGAUUUUCUGCAUUGAAUCAACUAAGAGUAAGAAUACCGUUGCCAAUAGAGGUGUCAAGACAAAAUCUAAUCCGAGUAAUCAGCGCAGUCAACCCAACCGCAACUAGAAUUGACUAAAAUUCAAUGACACGCAACCCGUCUGGCCCGUAACUCGAUUGACCAUCAACCCGAUUAAUCCGCAACACGGCUGAACCGCAACCCAAUUGAUUGACCCGCAACCCUAUUAAUACUAAUCCAUUUGAAUUGAACCCGACUAACCCGUGACCCACCCGAUUGACAUGAAAAAUUACUAUAUAUAAUAGUCUUUCAAAAUGAUUUUUUCUUCUUCUAAACCUACUUAAAAUUAUUUUACAUCUUGUAAAGGAAAGUUAAAAAUAUGAAAUUCACUUGAAAUUAUGUAUUUCUUACAAAAUUACACAAACUAAAACAUGAAGUUCACUUAAAUAUUAAUUUCUUAAGAAAACUAAAAAUAAAUACAAAAUAUAAAAUCAACACAAUACAAAUAUUGAUAUUGAAAAAUAAAAAAUUUGAGAGAAUGUAUAACGUUAAUAUAACAUAUACAUUAAAAUCCUGGUGAGUUUAACUAUUCAACAAAAUUAUCAAUUAAAUAUAAAAAAGUAAAGUAAUUUAUUUUAUAAUUUGAUUAUUUUAAAAGAACUCAUAAAUUUUGAUAUUUUAAACUUUUUGGGAUGAGAAAAAAAGUGGAAAAUUGAUGCUUCAAUUUUUGGGAAAAAAGAGGAAUUUUGAUGCUUUUGAUUUAUGGGAAGAGAAAGUAGUGGGAAAUUUUGGUAUUUUUUAUCUAUGAAAAGAAAAAUAAGUGCGAAUAUUUUUGUUUUUAACUUUUUGAAAAAGGAAAGAAUGAAGUGUGUUACACGCCGCAGGUGGUGUGUUUCGGGAUUGGUAGUAAGCUCUCUAGUUGGUUAGUUAGUGCCAAUAAGGUAGACAGGCCGACGACUGAAAUUUGGCUGUAGAAUUUCAAAGCAAUGAUGCUGCUGCCAUUGGGUCGUGCUGCAGAUUAACCGUUUCAAGUAGGGGUGGCUAUUUGGACCGGGACCGGAUUAAAAAUCGGAAACCGGAUCGUAUAAUCCGGACCGAGACCGGACCGGGACCGGAUAGUAAACAAUCCAAUCCAAUCUUUGGGCUUAUAUUUGAGGUAAAAAACCGGAUAAAGACCGGAUAAGAGAGCUCAACACCCAAAAUUUAAGGGUAAUUUGCAUAAACGGUCACAAACCUUUGCACUUAGUACAAAACUUAACCAACUCCUCACCCUUUAAGGCCUUAGGCCACUCAAAUCCCACAAUCUCAAUGUAAAAUCAAGACCGAAUUGGGACCGGACCGGAUCAAGACCGGACUGUAUCCAAUCCAAUCUUCGGUCCUUAUAUUUUCAAAAAGACCGGACUGGACCGGAUCAAUUUGGGCCAAUUUAACCGGACCGGACCGUAUAGCCACCCCUAGUUUCAAGCGAUUUAAGACUGGAUGGAUGAAGUGUUGUGGCCUUCCUUACCAUCUCCAGUUUCGUCUCUACUCUGUCAAUUUUUGUUUCCUUUUUUGUACUACUUCCCCAAUCCCGCCUCUUUGUUUCCUCCCUCGUUGAGUGGUUUCUUUUUUUCGCUUACAAACAUUUCAUAUUUCCCUCUAAGGUAAUUUGAAGUAAGGUAAAUUGAAUUUUUUUACCUGUUAUAACAAGUUUCACAGGUCGCAUUACGUAUAAUACAAUAGGCAUUACGUAAUGAUUACGUAAAGUAUGACAAUCUUACGUAACAAUUAUAGAACUAAUGAUAAAUCCAUAAUAUACACCAAGAAUUCUAGAGAUAAUACAACUAAUGAUAAUUUCACUCUAAUCGUUAAAUAUGAUAAUAAAUAAUAUCAUAAUAUAUAACUAAUGCAGGGUUUUACUUUUUCUUCAUAGCUCAAAUAGACUUCCAAUAAUUUGUAACAUGCGACUAGUUUGUUUGUUUGGAGAGGAAUUAUUGAAGGGAGAAGAUUAUGAUUAGUUUUGGCAAAUGACCAAUGAGCUGUUACACACCAUUAGAGUAAUUAAGCAGGUAGAUUUAGACUAGAUGCACUUUCAUUUUAUUUUCCUCUUAAUGAUUAUCAUAUCCUAUUGAGUAUAAUAUUUAGAGUGAUUUUGUGUUAAUUAAAAUAUGAUAUUUUGAGUCCAAGAUAGUCCAAUGCAAAAGAUAUACAUGAGAACAAUAGGGUGAAUCUGAAGUGAAUCGCUCUAUCUUGUACUUAUCUUUUAAAAUUUUAAAAUUCGUAUCCUCUAAAUUUCGUACGAAUGAGUUUUUGAAUAUCCACCUUCGUUUUUAGGAGUUUCGAUUACUUGUAUAAAAUUGUUAACCCCUCAUUCAAAUUAAUGGAGAUUUAGCCAAGCCAAUUUCCCCACAAUAGUAAAAAUAAUUCACCUAAAAAAGUUCAAUUGUAAAAUUAAUUAGAUAUCCACCAAAAAACAUUGAAUUAGAAAGGGUUAACCUAAAGUCCUAAGAUCAAAAUAAAAUGGUGGCCGCCAAAAAGGCAAAAGGACUCGCGGUAGAAAUUAAAAAUCAGAGCAGCCAUUUUCAGAUUUUCUUUCUCUUUCUUCGCCUCUUCUUUAGUUCCUUCCUUUUUUUUCUUCCACAUCAAAAUCCGCGUUCCAGCCUUCUUCCUUUUCUUCCUUCUCUCUCACCGGCGGGAGAGAAGAAGCCGCCACCGGCCAAAACCUUAACAUAUAUCACCGCUGCCCGCAGCGGCCACCGUUGGGAAACAAAAUGCAGAAGCCUGUCCAGGAUCAACGGUCGAGAUCUUCCAAGCCCGCCACCAUUCAUGCCUGUGCCCAGUCCGGCGAUCUUCCCGCCGUUCAGAAGCUGCUCCGUGACAACCCUUCUUUUCUCAACGAGAGGAACCCAGUUAUGUCACAGACCCCUCUUCAUGUUUCUGCUGGUAAUAACAAAUGGGAGAUUGUCAAAUUUCUGCUUAGUUUGAAGGGUGCCGAGAAAGUUGAAUUGGAAGCCAAGAACAUGUAUGGAGAAACUCCAUUGCACAUGGCAGCGAAGAACGGGUGCAAUGAAGCUGCACAGUUACUCCUUUCUCAUGGCGCUUUCAUUGAGGCUAAAGCUAAUAAUGGUAUGACUCCACUGCACCUAGCUGUGUGGGACUCUAUAAGAUCAGAUGAUUGUUCGACCGUCAAGACAUUGCUGGAGCAUAAUGCUGAUUGUAGUGCAAAGGACGAUGAGGGCAUGACUCCUGUGAACCAUAUCUCGCAAGGUCCAGGCAGUGAAAAGUUGCGUGCCUUAUUAAACCGACAUCUUGAGGAGCAGAGAAGGAGGCGAGCACUAGAAGCAUGUAGCGAGUCAAAAGUUAAAAUGGAAGAACUUGAGAAAGCAUUGUCAAGCAUAAUAGGGUUGCAUGAACUCAAGGUUCAACUAAGAAAAUGGGCCAAGGGAAUGCUUUUGGAUGAGAGGCGCAGGGCGCUCGGCCUGAAAUUGGGUGUUCGAAGGCCUCCACACAUGGCUUUCCUUGGAAAUCCUGGAACAGGUAAGACAAUGGUGGCUCGAAUUCUUGGAAGAUUGCUUCAUCUGGUUGGUAUUCUACCUACAGACCGAGUAACCGAAGUACAACGUACUGAUUUGGUUGGUGAAUUUGUUGGCCAUACCGGUCCAAAAACCAGGAAGAAGAUCAAAGAAGCCGAGGGAGGAAUUCUAUUUGUGGACGAGGCAUACCGUCUCAUCCCAAUGCAGAAAGCAGACGAUAAGGACUACGGCCUAGAAGCCUUGGAAGAGAUCAUGUCGGUUAUGGACAGUGGCAAAAUCGUGGUCAUAUUUGCAGGGUACACCGAACCCAUGAAGCGUGUGAUUGCUUCCAACGAAGGUUUCUGCAGAAGGGUGACCAAAUUCUUCACAUUCGACGACUUCACCUCUCAAGAUUUAGCCGAGAUCGUCCACCUCAAGAUGACUGAUCAAGAAGAGGAAUCCAGCAUGCUCUACGGCUUCCAGUUACAUCCCUCGUGCAGCACCGAUGCCAUCUCGAGGUUGAUAGAGAGUGAGACCACGGAGAAGCAGCGGAGGGAGAUGAACGGAGGGCUAGUCGACACGAUGCUGGUGAACGCGAGGGAGAAUCUGGAUCUCAGACUCGAUUUCGACUGCAUCGACACUGAGAAACUAAGGACGAUCACCUUGGAGGAUCUGGAAGCAGGGUUGCGGCUCUUGUCUCAGUAAUAACUUCAUCGAUGCCCAUUGGUAAUACUAUAGUGUCUCUCUACUUUCGAUUCUUGGAUAGCUGCCAUUGAUUCAUUGGUAUAAAGCAGGACUCAUGCGUAGAUAUAGCAACAGCAACAAAAAAUCUUGUAUUGUUUUGCCAGAAUUCAUUAUAUUAGGCUUAUCAUUCAUUCUUAUGGUCAUCCCAACCAAAGCAGCUGCUGUGAUCCAUCAGCCAUUUAUUUUUCCAGAGAUGUUAUGUUGUGAUCUGUAUUGUGGCUGUGGCGGAAUGUUGUUGCAGAGUGUAAUUUCUUACCAAGUUUGUAUCCCCCUAACGAAGUUUGCUUAAGAUUAGAAAAUGUUAUCAAUUUGGAAGAGGAAAUGUCUUUGUAGUGAAAUAUUGGUUGUUGUUUGAUGGAUAAUGGCGGCAAAAGCUAAUCCAAGUAUCUGCGUAAUGAAAUCAAGAGUUUGUUUUUAGCUGUAUUAUGACAACUUUUACAGAAAUCACAAAUCUUAGCACUUCUUUUGAGCAAGUUUAGUUUCAGAGUUUUGGUAAGAAUUUCUUUAUUUUACUUCAAAUUACUUUUUGUUAGUUAAAUGUUGGAUUGUUCCUUAUGUCUAAUGAAUAUUUUUUUCGUGC